CGCGGGAACGGAGGAGCUAACUCUACGGAGGUCUGGAUUUUCUAAUUUCUCCAAAGGCCGGAUGGGUCUCUGUGUUCUUGGCCUCUGUACGUCAACCUUCAAAGUUUUACCAACUUGUCUGCGGCCAGACCUGUCCUUAUGUUCGUUAGCACAAUUGGCUGCUCCGGACGACGCGCUUGACUCUUGCGUGCUUCUCCAACGAACCCCUGCCACCAAUUCUCUCCCCUUCCCCCUCCAUAUGAAGUCUCCCUCUUCCCCAUGAAUUUUCUUCUUAGUCUCUCAUCGUCGUGAUCAUCAUGUUCUUAGCUUCUCCGGUGAUGGCGGACUCCUCUCCUAUGUCUCACUUAUUGUCGCAUUAUUCUUCGCUAUCGUUUUCCUUCUCGACGUCCGCCCGUAUCAGGGAGUCCUCUGCAGCUUGUAUUCGGGCGGUGUUUCAGUCAUCAUCAUCAUCUUCUUUUUCUUCCCUGAUCGCCACGACCGCCUUCCAUAGAUCCUCCCUUACCUUGUCUUCUUCAUCGGAUCAUCGUCGGAGAAGAAGGAGAGCACGACUAACAAUGGUUCGGGGGAGCGCCAGAGAUGACGACGAGGGCGAGCCUUUUGUUGGGGACGAUCAAUUCGGCCUCUACCCUUGGGAUCCUUCCUUGUCCGACAAUAGCGGUAUUCAAUGGGUGCAGGAUGACAGGGUUACACUUUUUACAACUGAUGGGCUUGUGCAAAUUGGAGGCUCCCUUGUCCCAAAAAGGGUCCUGUCAUAUGACAAAAAUGGAAGAAAGCGAGCAACUCAGAGGCUCCAGCGAUUUCAGGAGAGUGACUACAUGGAUCCAGAGCAGAAACUCUGUCUAGGGGCACUUUUUGAUAUUGCUGCAACAAAUGGGCUGGACAUGGGCAGAAAAUUGUGCAUAUUUGGCUUUUGCCGCUCCAUUGAGAUGCUCAGUGAUGUUGUAGAGGAUGCAGUAUUAGAGCAUGGUGGGGAGGUGGUGGUUGCAGAGAAAUCCAGCUCUGGCGGCCUGCAGGAGAGGCUUACGAUGACUGUAGCAGUUCCACUCUUGUGGGGUGUUCCUCCUGCUUCUGAUAGGCUCCACGUUGCUGUUCGAAGUGGUGGUGGCAUUGUUGAAAAGGUCUACUGGCAGUGGGACUUUCUAUAGCCAAUCUUCCCCACUCCCCUUGUAUAUGAAUGUAAUUUCUGUACAAUUAUUUAUUCUCUGUGGUCAUUCAUCCUCUGUAUAUAACCCUCAUGAUCUACGUUCAGGCUCUAUUUUGCCUUGUAAUAUUUAGCAGCCCUUAUGUA